AUGAAUUAUUACAACGUUUGGUUUGUACAAAAUAAUUGUUCGAUUAUAUGUCAAGUCCCAACCUAACGCAAUCAUGGGUCCAACCACCACAGCCCAGCCCAAUGUUCAACUCCCCGAACAGUUGGCAGUCGGAGUCGGACUCGUACAACAUUGCAAUGGCAACGCCGCAACAACGUCGGCGUCCAAAGGCGGUUACAUCAUUACCACCGACUUAGUGGAAAGCGGUCGUUGGCAAAGAGGAAAGGAAUCGCCUGGUUCGAUUUUGGGACUUGGAUCGGCCGAAAUUAACAGAUAAGUAGAAAAGAUGGAAUCUCAUGAUGAAACUGGAUGCCAAACACCAGACCGCCCGAUACUUUGUGUUAAUAACUGUGGAUUCUUUGGAAGGGUUGCGACAAUGAACAUGUGUUCCAAGUGUUACAAGGACACGCUCUUAAAGCAGGACCAAGCUAAUUUGGCUGCAUCAUCCAUUGACAGCAUUGUGAAUGGCGGCGGCAGCAGCAGCAGCAUUGUCAUUGACCCAGUUGUCGCAAGUGUUGUCGAUGUGCAAGCUGUACAAGUGGGGACCAGUGUUGUUUCAACAGAACCAUCCAGUGACUCAUCCUCAAGCAUGAAAAUUGAGGUGAAAGAAAAAAAGGGACCAAGCAAAUGCACUACUUGCCGAAAGCGCGUUGGUUUAACUGGGUUCAAUUGCAAAUGUGGAAACACCUUCUGUGCGAGCCAUCGUUAUUCCGACAAACAUGACUGUCCUUUUGAUUAUAGGACUGCUGGUCAGGAUGCUAUUGCGAAAGCCAAUCCUAUUGUGAAGGCAGACAAACUUGAUAAAAUCUAGGAGUCACAAGACGAAGUGAAGAUCUAUAUCGUGAAGGCACAUGGUUCUCUUUCUUGGCUUCUUUUCUUGCUAGGUCUCGUAAUGGUAAAAUUGCUUAAAGUCAUGAUAAUGAGGACAUCAUUUAAGGGGAGUCUAUUCCUUGUUUGUGAAAUAUUUCUUUGCUGGCUCCGUGUGUGUAAGUCUUUUACUAUUGUGGUUUGAUGGACGUGUUUGGAGUUAUUUUAUUGUGAUGUAUGCUUGGUAUGCAUUUCUUUAUGGUAGUAAAUGACAGUAUGAAAAUUUCAGCAUUCAGUACAA